GUUCAUUUCAUCAUAUUUUGUAGAAUAUACAUAUCCAACUGAGACCUGAAAUUUAAUUUAAAUAAUUAUUUAAAAUACCAUUCAUAGAGAUUGUAAUCAUUGAAAUAAGCAUAGAAACAAUUGAAUAAUCUUUUCAAUCAUAAACAAACUUUUACUCUUGAUUAAUCCUACUAUAUUCUAUGAAAAAAAACAUGGAUUACUCGCAAGUGGAGGUGGUACAGCUGAUCGUUGUAUUCGAUUUUGGAAUAGAUUAACUGGUCAGGCUUUACGUAGCGUGGAUACUGGAAGUCAGGUUUGUAAUAUUGCCUGGUCCAUACAUAGUAAAGAAUUGGCCAGUACACAUGGUUAAUUAUAGAAUCGAAUUCUUGUUUGGAUAUAUCCUAGUCUAACACAAUGAGUCAAGUUGGUUGGGCAUUCAUAUCAUGUGCUGUACCUAGCAAUCAGUCCAGAUAGUGAGAAAAUGGUGCAGGAGAUGAAACAGUUCGCUUCUGGAAUAUAUUUACUAAAGCCAAAACUCCAAAAAUGCAACCAUCUUCAUUUAAAUUAUUCAAUGGGAUUAAAUGAUCUAUCUAAAAAAAGUCUUUCAAAACUUGUGGAUAUUUCUCCGAUGUGUUUUAUUCUACUCAGUAAAUAUAUGUAUCAUACACAAUGUGCACUUGAACUAGAUGAUGUAACAGGUUACUUUUGUCGCCUUCGUUUAAUCGGUCUACAAUCACAUGGAUUAAUCAGUGAUAUCAUUCAAUUGAAAAAUGGGAGUACAGUUGAUGAAAAUUGGACAUCUUGGAAUAACCUUUCUACAAAUAUACGUGAAGCUGUUCGUGUCCUACCGGGAAUUGUUAUUAGUCUACAGGAUUGUGAAAAUUUCCGUUCUAAUAGGUCACGUAUGAAAAUUCGUAAUCGAAAUUGGUCUAUCAUGCCAAUCAAAUUAAGUGACAGUGAUCUUCAAAAUCAGGACCAAUUACGUAUGAUUGAAUCGUUAAAUAACAAAUCUGGUUUCGUACUACCUUCUGGUAAACAAUUAUCUUGA